UCCAUCAGAGGGCAUCACAAACGAUGCACUACACAGAGGGGCAUGCGCUUCUGUGUUUAUCUUCUGCAGAAGUACAGGCUAAUUUCGUAUGGAGGAAAAUAAACAAUAAAAAUGUCUAAAAUAGAGUUGUUGAGAGUUUCUCAACCAUAAAUUAACAGCGGCUGCUGAGGAGAUAUUUGGGGUCGUUGAAAAAACGAUAGCAGAGUACCAGGUAGACGUUGUUCGUAUGAAAGAGGACAACAAACGUCUUCUUGGGCUGUUGAUGUUGCAUAGAGGAGUGUCAGACUGCCAUCGGCAGGCUGAAGCUACUAUCACUUUGGUGCAGGUUGCCCCAGAGCAGCAGCAGUUAUGUACUCAAGAGUGGGGCCUCCAUCUAAGACAGGAGGACCCAGAGCCCACAGUGUCACUAUGUAAAGAGGAAGACGAUACCCACUGGAUCAGUGAGGUUGAAGAGCACAUUCAAAGGCUGGAGUCUGAUCCCAAAGACCCAGACCAAGUAUCCACUUCUGAAGAUUUCACAUUCCAAAUGGAGACAAGGGUCAGUAAACGCAGCCAACAAACUGAAAGUUAUCCUCAACGACAACAGAAUAGAGAAAGCGAUUCUGCCCUCUCAACCUGACUCACUGAAUGAGCUGAUAUCAACGCUCAAGGAGAAACUGCAUCUGAAGUUUGAUUUCAGUCUUCUUUAUGAAGACCCUGAUGUAAACAAUGAGCUCUUCAACUUAGAGACCAUUGAAGACUUGCCUUCUCCUAGGGCUACGGGAAAGUUUUGCGAAUACGACGUGAUACAGACCUCGGUUUAACCGGACUCUCAGCCACCGAGUUACAGGCCGCCCCACCAGAGCGGCUAGGCAGGUGGCCUGAGGUAUUUGUCAUACCCACUUUCUCGAUGGAAGUUGAGUUUGCUCUGAGAGAGCGCUAUUGUGCAUAUCUGAGACAUGAAACGGUGCUGAAAAUAACAAGGGAUAAAAAACACAACAUUCUUGAUAGGAUGGCUUGGACAAUCUUCAAUUCCAAAGCGUACCCAAGUGACAGGCAGUUUGCCAAGGCAGCUGAGGCCCUUGUAACCAAGCACCCGUGUUUGAAAGAGCCUGGCUCAAAAUCAGGCUGUGAUGGCUGGAAGAACAGCCUGAAAUUCAAAAUGGGAAACUACAGGCAGAAGUUACGCCGUGUUGGGUUCCCAGAGGUUGCUGUGAACGGGGGGAGGAGGAGCAAGCAUCGUCCUGACAAUGAGCACGCUCGGAGCAACAUUAAAGGAGCACGCCGGGCAGAGGUGAACUUCCUGCCCAACUUCCCUCAAUGAGAAGAUGAGGCCAGCCUGGAGAAACAGAGACUGGAGAUGGUCCACGAGAUGACGAAAGAAAACAGAGACCUGCCACUCAUCAAUCAACACAUGCAGAAGACAUUUGCUCUCCGACGCCAAGAAAUAGUUCAAUCCAGUCCCACGGUAGAGCAUCUCAGAACACGCUGGCCAGCACUCUUCCUCGAAGCCCAGGUACAUGCUGAGUUUCAGAGAAUCACCAACCAGAGCCUGCAGCAGACGUUCUACUCUGCCUUGGACCACCACACGCCCCGCCUGCUGACCCUGUUCAGGGAGGAGGAGGGGAAGUCCACCACCCAUGGAGGGAAGUUCUCAAGCAUCCUGAGAGUGUACAACGAGCAGUUCACUUCACAGGGAGAAAAUAACAUCACCGUGGCCCGUUCUGCAGUCCUGGCUGGUCUCCCUUUGUUGUUACGAAAGGAUAGUUCUGAUGUCUUCAAAAUCUGCGAGGUGGGAGAACUCAGCAACCCUGGUAUUCUGGAUGGAGUUUCCAUUCUCUCAGUGGUGGGCCAGCACAAUGAGGUGGUGGGUGGUAUGCCCAUCAGACCGGCCCAUGUAUCCAUUGUCCUUGAGGAUAAGAUCGUCAUGACUAACUCCCGCUCCUGGCCAGACGCUCUCGUGGUUGUUUUUGGGCUACUCUUCUCCCUCCAUCUGAACUACCCCAAAGCCCUGGGCAGCACCUUUGAGUUCAUGCAGAAAGUCUUCCUGAACCUCGACGAUGGAAAACUGAAGCCCAAGCUGCUAGCGCUGAAAAAUGAACUGUUGGCCUAAUUCUGUAGUGAUGAGAUGGAAUUUUACUUUGAGUGACCUCCUAUAUGCAGAGCGAGUGGUUUGAAAACAAUGGUUAUUUUUAUUUACUUUACUUUUUAUAUUGUUGUACCUUUUUUGUGAAGGUAAUGGAUUUCAUAUUGUAUUUCAAUUCACUUAUAACCCUUUAAUGUGAAAAGAAGACACAGGUCAGUCAACACAUUAACUUGCCACACACAGUCGAUCUGCGACCCAGUUCUCUACCUUUGUUAUACAGCUGCAGAAAACCCCCAAACGUUUUCUAGAAGGUUUCACCUUUGCAGACAUUCCGACUGGCACAUAAUACAUGUUCAUAAGAUGUUUAUGAAAGUGUCUUUACCUGCUAUUGUCUCUCUUCUCUGGCAGUGUUGUGUGAUCCUGGCCUUCUAUCUGAAUUCUAAAUGCUCACCAAGACACAGGACUAUGUCUUAACUGUUGUAACACACUGAAUAUACGCUGAGUGUACAUUAUUGUGUUGCACCCCCCUUUGCAGCCUCAAUUUGUCGGGGCAUGGGCUCUACAAGAUGUCAAAGCGUUUCACAGGGAUGCUGGCCCAUGUUGACUCCAAUGUGUCCCACAGUUGGCACGAUGUCAAUUAGGUGGUGGACUAUUCUUGAUACACACAGGAAACUGUUGAGCGGGAAAAACCCAGCAGUGUUGCAGUGCUUGACACAUUCAAACUUCUUUAACCUGUCUCCUCCCCUUCAUCUACGCUGAUUGAAGUGGAUUUAACAAGUGACAAUAAAUAGCUUUCACCUGGUCAGUCUGCCAUGGAAAGAGCAGGUGUUACUAAUGAUUUGUACACUCGCAUCCUAUAGUUUAAAACAUUUUUUUUUAAUUGCACUGUUGGAGCCAAAAACACAAGCAUUUUGCUGCACCUUUGAUACCAUAUUCAAAUCUGUGUAUGCGACCAAUAAACUUCGAUUUGAUUUUGAUUUGUAGUAAUGCAAACAGUGGAGAGCCAGGGCUGUGAUGGCGGUCAGUAGGAGGGCACACCACAUCACCAGAGAUGCUGUAACUGGUCUCAAUGUAGGAGAAGUAGAGCUCCAUCUGCCACUGAGCCCUGGGAGGAGAAUACACACAAUACACUCCAUAUAGCCUUCACAGAGCAUACAUACAGACUUAAAAUAGCCUUCAUAGACCAUACAUAAAGACUUCAUAUAGGAUGUAUGAUGAUGGAACACUAUAGCCUUCACAUAGCAUAACGAUGUAACACAGAUAAUACCCUUCAUACAACCGUCAAAAUCACAUUGAUCACAGUAAAGCAACUUUGGCAUUAUGUACAUCAGUCCAGGGUUACAAGUAGAACAUUUGAAAAGGUCCCAGAAUGUUUGUUCUUAACACUCAAUGGAGAGUGAGGCAGCAGGGGGGACACAGAUUCUUGCCUUAUUGCACAGCUCCAUGUCAACUCGAUGUGCACUGGUAUCUGUGAGGCGGUUUCUCUGUCAAGACAGCUCACUGGUUUGUCUGUGUCGUUGGUCUGUCUGCCUGGCGCUGGUAUAUGUGUCUGUCGCGGGUAUGUGUGUCUGUCUGCCUGUCGCUGGUCUGUGUGCCUGUCACUGGUAUGU